AUGCGCGUAGUUUGGUUAAUGAACUUAGCGAAUUUCAUCAUCUUAUUUCUUGCGUCAAACCCCGAAUCCUUGCUGUCGGAUUUGUGUUCCACUUCUUGUAAGGUGGUUAUAUUGGGUGAUCUAAACCUCGAUAUUGAUUGGUUUCGGGCAUACGCAAGUGGCCCUGCAGCCCGCCAAAGUAGAUUUUCCCGUUUUCUCUCGCUUUUUUCUCAACUUGGGUUAACUCAGCAUGUGUCUAUGCCUACUUGCGGUACUUCUAUUCUUGAUAUUAUUCUCGCCGCUCCUGAUUUAUGUUUUGACGUGUCAAUUAGUCCCCCAUUAAAAGCGUCUGAUCAUUGUAUCGUAAAUUUCGUGAUCAAAAUCUCAUUCGCUGACUUGACCGGGCGCAGUUGGAGAGAUUUCAUGACGCUGAUGUUGAAACGAUUGAGUCAGAGCUUGAUAAUAUUGAUUGGUUCGCGGUUUUCAAUGGCUAUAACACUGUCGAUGAUGUCUAUGAAAGAUUUGUCAUGGUUUUGCGCAUGCUUAUUGAAAACUUUGUCCCAAUUAAGAUCUCUGUUCCCCUGGUCGAUACAUAUCCACCACAUAUUAGAAAUCUCUACCAUCAGAGAGAAAGACUAUUUCGCUCUCUCCAGGACCCCCUGUCUUCUAGUGAGUAUAUCAAAGUUAACAAAGAUUUUCUGUUUCAUCUCAAGCGAUACUUGGCGUACAAACAAGAAACUUUCUGGUAGCAGAAAUAUGAAAAACCUUUUCUCUUAUAUCAGUAGGCGGUUGGGGAAAAAGAAGAGCUUUCGUGCAUGCAUGAUCUCGAUGGGAGGGUUCUUACUUCCGACGAAGACAAACGUUUUUACUAAUACUUCAGCCUACGAUAAUGAUUCUGCCGUUGAUCCUUUGGUGCGUCACGAUUGUCCUCUUCCAUUCAUUGACUAUUCGGUUGUUUACAAGUACUUACGUGUGGUUGAGAGUUCGUCAGCCCUUCCGUCUGAUGGGAUACCGUCGAUUUUCUAUAAAAUGUUUGCCAGUAAGCUCGCUAGACCCCUAUGUCACAUUUUCAACAUUUCGCUCAUCAUGGGACAGGUCCCUGGGCUCUGGAAGGAGUCUAUAGUUACAGCUAUUCCUAAGAAGUCCUCUUCUUCUCUACCCAACGAAUUUAGACCAAUCAGCAUAAUGCCCACUCCAUGCAAAAUCAUGGAAAAGAUCUUGAAAUCCUGCUUCCUAGACUGGCUCAAUCUGAAGACCUUGUUGAACUGUGUGGUUGAUCGCAUGUCUUCCUGGACCAGUAAAUGGGGGCUCAGGCUUAAUUUCGAUAAAACUUGCGUGCUUUCCCUGGGUAACCGGCCAACUGAUCUAUCCCCGGCUGACAUACCUUCUUCUUGUAUUCUUGAUCAAACACGAGAUCUCGGCGUUAUUAUUUCCAACUCACUUAGCUGGGAUUUCCACAUUGAUGGUAUUCGGUCUAGGGCUUUGCGAUGUUUAUACAGUUUGUUCAGAAUAGUCAAAACUACAGAUUUAACCGUUCUGCUCAAGUUGUAUAAAACUUAUGUUCGUCCUAUUCUCGAAUAUUGUAGUCAGGUUUGGAACCCUCACUCCAAAAAGCUUACUUCCCAGUUGGAAAAGGUUUCAGAUGACCUUCACAAGACUUCUGUACUUCCGGGUGUUUCCCGACCCUGGAUAUCCCCGAUCAAUGCCGCCUUACAGUAUUCGACUAAAAGAGCUAGGCCUCAGAAUUCCCAACGGAUACAAUAA